UCAUAUUUUUGGGUGAACUAUUCCUUUAAGUGAAGCCUACACAGUGAUAGAAUGCAUUAAAAUAAUAUACUGUCUGUCUGUAUGAAAUAGCCAUGUGAGUAAGAUGGUGCACGUAUUCCAGCCAAGUUACCUGAUAAUGAAUUUAUUCUGAUCUGAGCUCCUCGUGUUACUGCUUUGGUUCCCCUUAUUUCUCAUAACCCCUGUUUUGUUUACAGUGCCCUCCCUUACACCUAUUGCUAUAAAGGGGUCAGUAUAUAUAGUUAAGGCAUAAACACGGAGAAAGUGACAGAGGCAAGAAACUACAGAAGGUGAACUCAUACAAGCUAGAGCAUAAUGUGGCUGUCCCUCCUUGUGUAUCAACUUGCCCUGAUUCUCCAGUCUGAAGCUCAGAAUGCCUGCCUCAUCAGCCCAACAUUUAGAGAGCCAGACAGCUCUGAUAUCACAGUCAUGUGUGGCACAAACAGGAUGGAUCUGCAAAUUUUGCUGUGUCCCAUCUACUUCAUUGGAUAUAAUGAAUCCACAUUGGCUUUUAAUGGCCUGUUUGCCAAACCCGAGUGCAAAGGAACAGCUGACUGGACCGCCAACCCACCUGUACUGAAAUUCCAAUUCUACAUCACUGAAACGUCCAUAUCUGCUUGCUCCAACAAGCUGACGAUCACUCAGGAGGUGGGAUCUGGGCUGUUCUCUGACUUCUCUAGUGUGCAGUCUGUGAACAUCUCUGGGAUGGUCAACUCUCAGGACCCAAAUGCUGGAACCAUCACCUACCGGCAGGAUAUGAUAUACCUCUUUUCCUGUAGAUACCCACUGCAGUACUUAGUGAACAACACAGAGAUGAGUGUAUCUGGAGUGAAUCUGGCAAUUAAAGACAAUAAUGGUAGUUUUAUCAGCACUCUCAGCAUGCAGCUAUUUGAGGACAUCACAUAUACAACUCAUCUCUUUGUACCCCCAACGGGUCUCCAGCUGAAGUCUAGGAUUUUUGUGGAAGUCCGAGCCACUAAUCUCACACAAAGGUUCAAUGUUCUGUUGGAUCGGUGCUAUGCAACCACUAGCCCUUACCCAGUCAACAGCACAUCCUUUGACCUGUUUGUUGGAUGUACUCAAGAUCCACAAACCGUAAUGGGUGUGAAUGGAGAACAACAGGUGGCACGCUUCUCGUUUGAGGCUUUUCGCUUCGUAGAGCACAAGAACAGGACAGUGUCGACAUUUUACAUUCACUGUGCCACCAGACUCUGCGAGACCACUUUCUGUAGAUCCUUGCGCCAGAAUUGCACAAGUUCUCUAAGGAGGAGGAGAGACGUCCAAUCGGCUCAAGGAACCUCAGUGAGUGAUGUUGCGACAGUCACCUCUGGACCAAUCAUGACCAAAGUGGACAGUGGAGAACCAACUGCACCUGUUUCCGAAGUGUCUAAGGAUCUGAAACGGCAAGAGGCAAUGGUAGGCGUUUCCGUGGCAGCAGGGGUAUUCUGUCUGCUGUGCAUCGUCAUGCUGGCUGUGCUUGUCUACAGGAAGUCCAAUAUAGACAAAGCAUCCCUAUUCCACUGAUGUCUCUCAGAAACAGAUAUCCCACUCGGCCUCUAAGACGGUUUGUUAGCAUGUUAUGAGAACAAUUCACAGAAGAGAGGAUACUGAAAUGGAACAUAAAUAGGACCUAUAGACAAUUAGAUGACAAUUCUCUUAUAUCAAAAUAUCAUCAUGUCCAAAGCAGACCACUUUUUAUUAAAAAACAAACAAACUGCUGAGUGGUUCAGAUUUUCUGUAUUUUUUUUUUGCAAGUAAAUGCUCAUUCUAAUUACUAUAGAUUUUAAUAUAUAUUAAUGGAAAUAAUGGUGAAUUUCUUCUGCAUUUUGGGUUUUCUGUGAGGAUGUUCUUGUUUUAUAUAUAUAUAUAUAUAUAUAUAUAUAUAUAUAUAUAUAUAUAUAUAUAUAUAUAUAGUAGCAUUAAGCAGUUUUGUAGUAGGCACUGGCCAUCAUAACUCAGAUUUGUACUUAAACAGAAUUAUGUUCCUCAUUUAAAACCAAUGUAACUCCACUUAUAAUUAACACAAACAUUUAAAAGAAGUGCCUAUUUGAGGAAUUCCAUGGUUAUAGUUUUUACAUAAAAUGUAUGAUUAAUAAAUUGAAGGACUGUUUCAUUGAUGUAAAAGCACAUUAAUCAUUAAAGCAAAAGAGC